AUGGUUGUGGUCAGCUUAGGCCUCGGACAUGAUAACGACAUGUUGGUACCUCAAACCACUUUUAAAAGCUCUAUCAAGAUUGUGAAAAUAGAAGGAGGUGGCAAUUUUACAGUUCUAUUGUUGGAAAAUGGCUGGCUUUAUCUUGCGGGAGAUUUACCCUUGGAAUUGGAGUGUAAUGGUGACAAGAAAACGUGGAGGCGGGUCCCUGGAUUAUACCGGGAUGUAGCAUGUGGAUGGAGCCACAUAGUCGCAAUAACAGUCGAAAAUUUCGUUGUUACGGGUGGCGUCGGCGAGAGAGGAGAGCUCGGGCAAGGGAGCAAGAAAGAGAGCCCCUUUCUGAAUCCGAUCAUGCAAAUUCGGCACCCACUAAAGUCGCAGGUUUUGGCUUGUUUUUACAACACCUACGUUCUUGAUGGAGGCCAACUUCUUGGCUGCGGAUCAAACACCAAGUGUCAGAUACGAGAGCCCAAAGAGCGAAUUAUCGACAGCCUCGUAAAUGUCUGCGAAGCUUCUGUUUCCCAAGCAUGCGCCGGCAAAAAUUACGUUUUUUAUCAAAAGGCCGACGGCCAUAUACGCCUCAAGGGAUCAAUAAGCAAUUCCGAGACUCAUUUGCCUCCGAUGGACCAAUUUUCGGCUUUCGAGUGCAGGAGUAUGUGGACAUCACUUCUGACAUUUAAUGCGAACCAGAAGUUUCAGUUCUAUGGACAGGCUAACCAGAAACAGGAUGCAAUUAUAGGUUUUUCUUGUAACGGGCCGGUGACCGCGUGGAGCACGGGGAGUGAGCACGGUAUCGUUUGCAUCGGAGGUAAGCAAGUGUUUUGUUGGGGGUGGGGCGAACACGGAAACUGUGGCAGCUUGCCAACCUCUCCUACACCAGAUGGCGUGAACGAUCGCUCCAACAUCAACAGCGGUGUCAACCUGGCCUAUAAGGUUGACUCAACAGAUGUUGCAAUAUAUACCUGUUUUGGGGGGUGCGCAACAUCAUGGAUAUGCGUAGAAAGGCUAGGUUCUUAA